ACCAUUAUUUGAGAAAUCACGGAUCCACAGCGCCACCUGCUGGCGUCCCGGGGUAUCUGGUGACAGCGUGGGUGCAGUUCCGAUUCUCCACCCGCAGAGGGCAGCAGAGCCGCGCGCAGAGAGCGGGGACGCCCUUCCGAAGGAAAUGACCUCACUCGCUGUGGUUAACAUGGCAGCUCCCUUGUGCAUGCGAGGAGGCGGGCUGUAGUGUCUUUGCGGCUCUCGGAGGUCAAGAAAGAAGGGAAGGGAAAAGAACAGAAAAGAAGAGAAGAGAAAAGAAGCGCAGCGCAGGGAGAUGGUGUUCUUGACAUUAUCGCGGUGGAUACGGAGCAGGGGGCCCGACCGCUACUGGAAGGUGCAAGAGCUUCUGAAACAUGCCCGGCACUUCCGUGGCAGGAAGAGUCGCUGUUACCGGCUGGCAGUGCGGGCGGUGCGGAGAGCCUUCGUCUACGCCAGCAAGUCGAGGAAGAGGAAGAGGAGGAGCAUGAGGACGCUGUGGAUCACUCGCCUCGCUGCUGCCUCCCGGGAACACGGCCUCAAAUAUCCCGUCCUCAUCCACUACCUGCUCAAGUCUCAGGUCUCUCUCAAUCGGAAGGUCCUUGCAGAGCUUGCUGUCUUGGAGCCGCGCUCGUUCUCCUCUCUUGCCCAGCUGGCGGCCGCGCGGAGGGGGGAGGGGCUGGCGGCCGCGCUGGGGGAGGGGAAGGAGCCCGAGGGCGUGUUCUCCCGCAUCGUCCAAUCACAGUGAACCAACCUCUCCCCAGCUUCCUCUCAUCUCACUACCCCAAUUCCACAUCACGUUUAUUUACUAAGCUGUGCUGCUCAUCUGCAUCAGCCACUGGGGUCUGGGGAAUGCUGGGCUGGGCUGGGCUGGGCUGGGCUGG